GACAAAAAUUAUAUAAAAAAGUUUUUCACAGAAACACAUCAUGUGUUCCUGGAUUGGGCGAUUCUGCAAGAAACAAUCACCUAUUUUGACUUAUUCGAAGCAUCUUCUGUUUCAAGAUCAACUCCCAUGAUGAAACCAAUAAUAGUUGUGAUCGUUUGAUCUGAAUGCUGACAGCUCAGGUUCAUCCGGUAGGGUUUGAUUGCAUAUGAGAGUACUUAUUAUAACUCCUGUGUUGUGUGUUCAUAUAUAUUUUCUCAAAAUGUCAGCAUAUGAUCAUGAGAUGGAAAGGGGUUAUUCUGAAAGUCUAUCUAGUGGUCCGGAAUCUGAUAUGGAAAGUGAAUUUGGAACGGAAUCUGUGAUCUAUAUGUCUUCAUUUGCUGCAACAAUCUUCGUUGGUGUUCUUGUAACGAUCGGGGUGUUGCUGAUGAUUGUGCUAAUCACAUUGGUGGUCAUGUUACAAUCAUGUGAAAGCCGGAAUUCUGGGGCUGUAGAAAUGUUAAGAUAUGUCGAUCAGUUCGAUCUUAAUCUUUACGAUUAUUGCAAGACGGUUUCUCUACACGCGGAACUUAAUAUCAAUAGCUAUGAAUCGUAUUCGUUGCCUGAAGUUUGUAAAAAUGCGGCUGUCAAGUAUAUUAAACAUGGUCAUUACACAAGAGAUUUGAGUACCAUUGGGUCACUUGUUGAAAAUUACUUCAAGAAGGUUACGCCUGUUGUUGGUGGUCGGGAUGUGGUGUUAAUGGACAUAGACGACUUAUAUGUUCAUCGGUUCCAAGAUUAUGGUCAUCAUGAUGGUGUUCAAGAGGCCAAACUUAUGAAACAUGCGGUGUUUGUGCAAAUAUACACAAAACUACGGUCUGCAGGAUGGUCGUUGGUUUUAGUGUCUAGGAAGCAUGAGAAAAGACGUGGUGUGGUCACUGACAGGCUUAUAGCGGCUCGAUGUGGAGGUUGGUCUGAAUUAAUCAUGAGAUCAGAUGAGGAAAUGAAAAUGGAUAUCCACGAGUAUCUCUACAAGCAAAAGGCGAUUAUGCAAGCGGAAGGAUACCAUAUUGCAGCAGUGAUCAGCAGCCGUAUGGAUGUUUUAUUCGGCCCGCUUAAUAGUACACAGAUCUUCAAGCUUCCGAAUCCGUUCAUCACACUAGAAGUGGAAAGCUAAUGUAUAUUGAUGUACAAAAACCGGUUGAUUCAUGCACCAUUGUAUAUAAAUUUGUAGCAUAUGAUCAAAAGAGAGAAUUUAUUUAGAGCCAAUUUGGGUAGUAGAAACUUGUUACUGCAGCAUACUUGUUUUAAGCUGAUGAAAAUGCAGCUUCUUGGUA